UCGGCCGGGCCUGCGCGCGCAGGCAAGAUGUCGGCCUCUGUGUCCCCGAACCCGCGGCGGCGGCCCUGCACCUGAGGAGACCACGGGCUGCCAUACUCCAGCCGGGGUCCCAGUCCUUGUCGUGGGACCGGGUGCCCAGGGACUCAGUGCUGCACAAGUCCGAGGGUGCCAGGCUGUCCCGCGCCAGAGCAGCCUGUGAGGACCACCCCUUCCUCCUCCCCAGACUGCACCGCACACCCCGCGCCCCUAGAGGGCUGCGUCCUGGCGCGCACUCAUGAAGAGUGACCCCGCGACCUCCGCAGCCCCGCUGAGGGCGCUCGGGGGCGCUCUGCGGAGCAGCGAGCCGGUGCGUGCCGUCCCGGCCCCGUCGGCGGCCGCGCUUCUGCUGGAGGAGGCGGCCGACCUCCUGGUGGUGCACCUGGACUUCGGCGCGGCGCUGCGCACCUGCGAACGCGCCUGGCAGGGCCUGGCGGAGGAGCCGGCGGGCGCCUCCUUGGAGGUGAAAUGCUCUCUGUGUGUUGUGGGCAUCCAGGCCCUGGCAGAAAUGGAUCGGUGGCGGGAAGUCCUGUCCUGGGUUCUUCAAUAUUACCAGGCUCCUGAGAGGCUGCCCCCCAAAGUCCUGGAACUGUGCGUUCUUUUAUACAGCAAAAUGCAAGAGCCUGGAGCCGUGCUGGAUGGAGUCCGUGCUUGGCUUCAAGACCCUGACAACCAGGGCCUUCCAGAGUAUAGAUCCUUAGCAGAACUUCACCUGCAGCGAGUGCUACUUCCUCUGGGCCUCCUGUCAGAGGCUGAAGAGCUGGUGGUGGGCUCUGCAGCCUUCAGCGAGAAACAGCGGCUGGACGCGCUUCAGGCUGUUAGUGCAGCGAGGCAGCAGCAGACACAUGUGCACUCUGGCUCUGAGGAGACGCAGACACUAAACCAGGAAGGCUCCUCCUCCCACAAGUUCCUGUCUCUGCUGACGUUGCUGCGCCAGCUCUGGGACUCUGCAGUCAGCCACUUCUUUUCUCUGCCCUUCAGUAAGAGCCUGCUGGCCGCCUUGCUCCUUUGCCUCCUGGUGUUGAGGUUUGAUCCAGGAUCUCUAGGUUGCUUCCAUGUCCUGGCUGUUGUAAACAGUGCUGCUGUGAACAUUGGGCGUCUCCGCGCUCCCUGCCCUUCCUCUACAAGCUGGCUCAGAUCUUCCAGCGGAUCCGCGAGGCUGUGUCUCCUCCUCUCUGCCGGCUUCCCAUCCAGCACUGAGUGGUCUUCCCUGCUCGCUUCAACCCCCUGCACCUGAAGCCUGCCGGAGGAGCAGAGUCGCUCAUCCUUGGCAGCCUGUUUCCUGCAGCUGGAUGAGCCCUGCCAGCGCAGCCAGCCUAAUUCCAGGGGCACCGUGUCAGGCUGCCUCAACACCUUCCCCUUUGUGCCCCGCUCUGGCGGGCCUGGCAGGUGUUGUAGAGACAAGAUGCACAGCCCUGCAGAGGCCCCUGCAGAGGAGGGGUUGUGGGAAGGGAGUGCUUCCUCCUUGGCAUUCCUUAACACGAUCCGUCUUCCUGCAGAGGCAGGGGUUGGUCUUUCAGGCCAGAGGUUCACGCAGCUGGAAAUUCAGAGCAAGGUCCUGGUUGGGGGACCUUGGCCUUUCACUUGCAUGGAACACUUAGCUCUGAAGGUGGUUCCCGGGACAGGCUCCAUAAUCUAGUCUGGCUUAUCACUCCCCACUCCUUGCCCAGCCCCGAGAUGUGCCAUGGGCUGCCCUCUGCUCAUACUGAGCGUGGCUUCCUGAGCCUCAGGUCCUCUUCUAACUGGGUAAGGGGAUCUGGCAGCUGCCUCCUGGGCUAAGCUUAGUGUUCCAGCCGUCAGUGGCCAAGCGGGGCUGUGUGGGGAGGUGUCUCUGCCCUCUCCCGCCUGCUGCCCCCCGCCGCCCUCAAGGUGAUGGAGUGUGCUCUGCCUCGCUGGUUCCUUCACCAGCUUUGCUGCAUCCCUGGCACGCCCUGUUGCUGGCUCCCCCCUUUCUGUGUCCUGUUCCAGUUAUGUUCUGCUGUUCGUAUAACCCCCAAGUGUUUCUGCUCCUCUGUCCUUGGAAAGUAGGCCAGCCUCCAAAGCUGAUGCACUGAAAAUGGAGCGGAUAAUCAGGGGAGCUGGAAGGAUGUGUGGAGGGGGCUGGGCAGAGGGGAGGCUUGGGAGGCAGUGAACGAUGUUACUCCUCGUCUGGGGGCGGGAGACAGUAGGGCCCUGCGAUUGUGCAGCUGAAAUGUUUCAGUGCUUUCUCUCAGUGGCUGCAAGAAUCCUCCCUGUCUCUGUGUGGGGACGUGGAGGCCAUUGCUGUGGGGCUGGGGGGUGGAGGCGCCUAGCAGGCCAGGAAAACCAGGGGCUUAUCAGCUUCGCAUUAAGACCCUCAGGAGCUCCGGGUCAGCGGCAUCGCUUUCAUAAAAUGAUGGAGUGAGUAAACUUCAGGCCCUGGGAGGUUAAGUCCUAGGGUGUCGUAAAACAUGCUGAGAGAAAGGAAGCCGAUCAGGCUUGGGGAUUUCUCCUUUACAGUGAUUUUUAAAACCUGGUCCUGUUCAUGCCACAGAUAGAACUCUUUAGCGGCUUCCCCUGGCCUGAGGGUAAAACCCCAGUUCUUACGGAGUGUAGGGACCGUGGGCACUGGUUUUGGCCAGCACCCCCACCUCACAUGGGGCCUGACCCAGCUGCUGGCCGGCCCUUCUGCCUUCUGUGCCUGCUGAUCCCCUGGAGGCCCAGCUCCCCUCUUGCCUGGUGGGUUGCCCCUGGGAAUCUUCUCCUGGCCCGUUGCAUAUGCUUUCUGCAGUGGUGGCCCCAUGCCUUGCGACUGGGAUUCUGGGGCCUCUUUGAAGCUGGGGUGUGUGACUGCAAUGUUGAAGUUGGGGGAGGCUGCCCUCCCACCCGUUGGGGUGUGGCUGUUGGGCAGUAAUUUAACUUCAUUUCUAAGGUGAUUCUCUCACAGGAAUUUCUGGGUGAGUUGGGUGAGUAAAUGAGCCUCCAGGGCAGUGUUAGCAGCUUCCUGCUCUGGGUAGGAGCCCCAUGAGAGGUGGCUGUGUCCUCACUGCCUGGCUGAGGGCCGGGGUUAGGUGUUCAGAGGCAUGUCAGAGAAUGAGUGGAUGUAACUGACGUGACAACAGCUUCUGCUUCGGUGUGGGGGAGGGCGGUUGUUUUGUGGAAACCCUGACAUCUGUCGCCCCAAAGCCUGUGUGACCCUGCUCCAGGCCUCGGGCAUCUUGGCUUCCUGUUCGCCUGCUGCUCUGCAGUCUUGUCUGGCAUCCAGCCCCAGCUGCCCUCCUCGUCUGGCAAGGAGCUGGACCCGCUGCUCGAGUGGCUGGGCCUUAUCUGGGAAUGCAGCUGCUGCUCCGGCUGGCCUCAGCACAGAGCCUGAUGACAUCUGAAGCGAAGGGCGAGCCACCUGGUCACUCCAGCACCGGUGCUGACCAGGGAGGCCCCCACUAGCUUCAGCCACCUUUCAACCCUUGAAGUGUGGCUGGGCCAAAUCAAGAUGUUGUGUAAAUAUAAAAUAUACACUGAUUGCAAACACAUAGCUAAAAGGAAUAGAGACUCGAUAAUUUUUAUAUUGAUGGCAUAUUGAAAUGAUAAUCUGCAUAUAUUGAACUAAAUAAAAUCUGUUACUACCUGU